AGAGUUUGUUUUGUUUUCAAUUGUUUUGAAGUUUAUCGAAAUAGUGGCUUAAUGGGUGUGUCUAGUCUCCCUUGGCAAAACGCACCGGAAGGGAGGAGGACGUUCCUGUCUUUUUUUUGUUAAGUGUAUGUGUCUGAGUGUGUGGCGUAGGGCAGCUGGGGAUAGGCAGAUCCCCGGUGUUUUCGUGAUGGGAGUAAGCUAACUACGAAAGGGCGAUUACCAGAGCGUCAACUGAAACUAAACGAAAAGAGAAGUAGUCAGCCGUCUCGCUGGGACACUUAGCUGUUUGACUGAUUUACAGAGGAUUCCGAUAUGAUAUUUAUCAGACUAAUUUUCACGUUUUGCUGCCUACGAGUUAUUACAGGUCAGUUUGGGAACCGUCUGAACAAAUAUAUCCGCCACUAUGAGGGCUUGUCAUAUGACACAGAGGCUCUGCACAACAGUCACCAAAGAGCCAAAAGAGCACUCUCUCCUGAAGACAGGGCCAUACAUUUGGAUUUCCACGCUCAUGGAAGAUAUUUUAACUUGAGGAUGAAGAGGGAUACAAAAUUGUUUUCUCCUGAUCUCAUCAUUGAAGUAUCAGGGGAGGAGGAACCCGCUGAUGCAUCACACAUUUACAGCGGGGACAUCUUUGGUGAAAAGGGCACACUAGCCCACGGCUCCGUGGUUGAUGGACGCUUUGAGGGCUUCAUUAAAACCUACCAAGGAACAUACUAUGUUGAACCCUCAGAGAGGUAUCUGCAGGACAAGAAUGUGCCCUACCACUCUGUCAUUUAUCAUGAGGAUGACAUUGAUUAUCCUCAUAAGUAUGGCUCAGAGGGUGGCUGCGCUGACCACUCAGUGUUUGAAAGGAUGAGGACGUACCAGACGUCAGCAGUGCAGGAGCCAGGCAAAGAGGGGAACAGUGUGUUGGAGGACGACCGCUCAGAUGGUCCAGUCAUUCUAAGAAAGAAGAGGGCAGCAGGGAAAGAGAAAAACACCUGCCAGCUUUUCAUCCAGACGGACCACCUGUUUUUCAAAUACUAUGGCUCAAGGGAUUCUGUCAUUGCACAGAUCUCCAGUCAUGUUAAGGCUAUCAACUCCAUUUACCAGGGAACAGACUUCAUGGGCAUAAGGAACAUCAGUUUCAUGGUUAAAAGGAUCAGGGUAAAUGUCACUGAAGAUGAAAAGGACAAGUCGAACCCUUUUCGUUUUGCCAACAUUGGAGUGGAGAAGUUUUUGGAGCUUAACUCUGAGCAGAACCAUGAUGACUACUGCCUGGCCUAUGUCUUCACUGACAGGGACUUUGAUGAUGGCGUGCUUGGCUUGGCUUGGGUCGGCGCACCCUCGGGAAGCUCUGGGGGUAUCUGUGAAAAGAGCAAACUGUACUCCGAUGGGAAACGGAAGUCUCUCAACACUGGUAUCAUCACUGUGCAGAACUAUGCUUCCCAUGUCCCACCCAAGGUUUCGCACAUCACAUUUGCGCAUGAGGUUGGGCACAACUUUGGCUCCCCUCACGACUCUGGGAUUGAAUGCACCCCAGGAGAGUCGAAGCUGCAGGGAAAAAAGGAGCGUGGAAAUUACAUCAUGUAUGCCAGAGCCACAUCGGGGGACAAACUGAACAAUAACAAGUUCUCCAUCUGCAGCGUCCGCAACAUAAGCGGCGUUCUGGCAAAGAAGAGGGACAACUGUUUUGUUGAGUCCGGCCAGCCAAUCUGUGGUAAUGGACUUGUGGAAGAGGGAGAGCAGUGUGACUGCGGCUACAGCGAUCAGUGUAAAGACCCUUGCUGCUACAGCGCCAAUGAAGAGGAGGGCAAAAAAUGCAAACUUAAGCCAGGCAAAAUCUGCAGUCCCAGCCAAGGCCCAUGUUGCACACCACAGUGUACCUUCAAGGGCCCAGAUGAAAGUUGCAGAAAGGUAUCAGAAUGUGCUCAAGAAGGCUACUGCAACGGAGGCACCGCUAUGUGCCCAGCGUCUGAAGCAAAGGCAAACCUCACCUCCUGCCAUUCAGACACACAAGUGUGCCUCAGUGGGGUCUGCUCUGGUUCUAUUUGUAAGAAGUAUGAUCUGGAGGUAUGUACCUGCGCCACCCAAGAUGGACCAGAUGAGGCAGCUGAGCUGUGCCACGUCUGCUGCAUGGAAAAAGGAAACCCCAGCAGCUGCAGCAGCACCGCCUCUGACAGAUGGGCCCAGUUCUUCAACAAGAGACCCACAACGUUGCAGCCUGGCUCCCCCUGCAACGACUUUAAGGGAUACUGUGAUGUGUUCAUGCGUUGUCGAUUAGUGGAUGCCGAUGGGCCUUUGGCAAGGCUGAAAAAAGCCAUCUUCAACCCUGAGCUCUAUGAGAAUAUUGCCGAGUGGAUUGUGGCUCACUGGUGGGCCGUGCUGUUGAUGGGCAUCGCUCUUAUUAUGCUCAUGGCGGGCUUCAUCAAGAUCUGCAGCGUCCACACCCCCAGCAGCAACCCUAAACUUCCCCCACCGAAAGCUCUACCAGGUACACUAAAGAGGAGAAGAGCCCAGCAAGCCAAUCAGCAGGCACAGGGCCAGCGGCCCCGGCAGCACAGAGAGAACUAUCUAAUGGGACAGAUGAGACCCUGAGAGGCUGCUCUGCUCGUCGCCUUGGUUUCUAGUGCCUGAAACGGGAGCAAUUCACUCCAAAGAUUUACCUUUACCACUCAUUGCAAACGUCAAAGAACUAUAAAGAUCUAAAAAGAUUUUAAUGGACACAGCCCAAAGCUUUUAUGGAGGGCAAACAGUCACUCAGCACCUCUGCUCCAAGAGCCAAACUAACAGUAGUUCAAGUAACUUUUAUAGGAAAUAAAUAAUCUUUCCAAUGAGGGUCAGGGGGAGAAAUUCACUGAUCUGUGGUGUGGUCUUAAGCUUAUGAUCUUUUUUUUUUUUAAUGCUUUUUUUCCCUGAAGAGAAUGGAGGAGAGAAAAGCAGUUACUGAUGCCUUCCUCUGUCCUCCAUCUGUGUAACCUCUUUCUUCCCUGCUUCUCUUCCCUGAAAUGCCACCGUCAUCAGCACUAUAUCGGGACUCCAAGGCCUUGUACACGUUUUUUGCUGCCAUCGAAAAAACAGAAUUAAGGCAUUGUGUUCUUGGAGAUCUUGUAUUUUGCCAGUAUGACCAGGUUGUUUUAAAGCAAAGUACCGUCAACCACAGAAGCGUUUCCUUUCGCUCGUGUUCUUAUUUGUACAGAUGUUUCAGAGUAUGUUUCUUUGUUUCAAAUGAAAUUUUAUUUUCUACAUCAUUUACCCUUUUUAAUUCAUGUUCUCAGGAUCAAUUAAACAAUAGCAAAUAAGUGAAAAGAUGGCUUCAUGCAUAUUUCAGGAUGGGGUUUCCAUGAGCUGCCGUGCAGUUUAGGGGGCAGGUUUGUGCUGGUAUGACUAGAAUGUAGAUGCAUAACCUUGAUAAGAAUAUACAGUCACCGGUUAACAGAUAAAGGGGAAGUGUUGUAGUAGGGCUUUGCAGUUGUGUUCACACAAGUAUUUAGCCUUUGCCUGACAUCAAUAACGAUGA